UCAUUCUCUUCCGCGAGCUCCUUGCACCAGUCAAGAUGGCGGACAGACCAGUUCCCGUAGCUGAGAAACGACUGAUGGAUGUGAAGCUGGGUGAACUGGGAACCUGGCUUGGAGCUCGAGACUUCACUCCCAAUGGGGUGCUCUCUGCCAUCCGCAGGGGCCAUGACAGAUACUACAACAAGUACAUCAAUGUGAGGAAAGGAGGCAUCGGUGGCGUAGCUAUGCUGCUGACUGGCUACGUGGUCCUCAGCUACAUGUGGGAAUACGACCACAUCAAGCAUGACCGCUGGAGGAAGUACCACUAAGCCCCUUCAGCAGCCAUCAGACCUUCAGGGGCUGAAGUUGGAUCUCUUAGCUCCCCCUGCUCUUUCUAUUCUCAGCUCUGUUGUGUUAAUAUGUGACUGUUGUGACCAAUAAACAAUAUAAAGAUUC